AUGGGAAGGGUGGUGGUUUAUGUCCUCAUAACCAUAGCCUUUAUUGUCUUCAUAACCUUUUCUCCCAUCAACAACCACGGUCGUACCACUCCUGGCCUCAACCGCCGUCUUGGUUCCAAAUUUUCAAUGCCAGAUUUUGAUCCAUUAGUUGUAAAAAUGCAGAGAUUAGCCGAGGAAAAAGGUUACACCGGCGAGAGUGGUGCGAUAAAUUUGGAAAACAUUAAUGGCUAUGCCAAAGAGGUUGAGGAUGCUGAUGAGUAUCUAAGUGAUGAUGGAAGGUUAAACAUUACCUUAAGGUUACUUGUUUUAUUCCCAUUGUUAGACAAGAAACCUAGAGAUGGGUUGAUCAGCUUCGAGGAGCUAGAGGCAUGGAAUGUUGAACAAGCUAGAGAACGCUUAGCUUAUAGGACACAGAGAGAAAUCCAAUCUCGGGACAAGGAUGGAGAUGGAGCAAUUAAUUUCAAGGAAUAUUUGCCUCAAUUUUCCAAUGAAGAUAUAGAGAGAAAUGAAAUGGGGCAUGGUGAAGCUGGAUGGUGGAUGCAACAAUUUAGGAAUGCAGAUGUUGAUCGAAAUGGAACCCUAGAUUUCGAUGAGUUUAACAACUUCUUGCAUCCCGAAGAUAGUAACAAUAAAGAUAUCCAAAAAUGGAUUUUGAGAGAGAAACUCAAGCGGAUGGAUGAUGAUCGUGACGGGAAACUCAACUUAGCAGAGUUCUCUAUGUACGCUUAUGAUGGUAAUUACAAGAGCUACGCAGAAUUUGAACCUAAUGUAGCUAGAGUUGGCACUGCAGAAGAGAAAUUUCUUGAGCUUGAUGUGAACAAAGACAAUUUUUUGUCGGAGGAGGAGCUGAUACCCAUGAUCCCGUACCUCAAGCCUGGAGAACUAUCGUAUGCUAAGCAUUACACCAGCUACUUGAUUCAUGAGACUGAUGAGAAUGGAGAUGGUUAUUUAUCCAUAGAUGAAAUGCUGAAUCAUGAAUAUACAUUCUAUGGGACAUUUUUCCAAGACGAUGAAGAUUAUGACGAUGAGUUCCAUGAAGAACUGUAA